CCUUUUUGUUUAAUAAAUUUGCUAAAAGCUUAAUUUCCUAUACUUUUCUGAUUACAUUACUCGAAAACGACACCGUUUGCUACUCAAUCGUCUUCAAGUUUCAAAAUUUUCCUCACAGAAAUUUGAGUUAGUUCUGUAAUGGCGGAGAAGCCCCAACCAGUAGAGGUUCUCUAUUGUGGAGUUUGCGGGUUACCCGCUGAGUACUGUGAAUUCGGAUCCGAAUUUGAGAAAUGCAAACCCUGGUUGAUCCAAAAUGCACCCGAUCUCUAUCCGGAUCUCCUUAAAGACGCAAAUGGAAAAGAUGCUGAUAAAGUCUCUGAUCAACUCCAGUCGACUUCAAUCUCAGAAGGCUCUUCAACAUCCAAGCAAGAAGAAGUCAAGCGUCUUCCUGGUGGAAAGAUAAAAAAGAAAGAGAGGCAGGAGAUUGUUAUCGAAAAGGUCACAAGAAACAGACGGAAAAGUAUCACUACCAUCAAGGGCCUCGAUCUCUUUGGUGUUAAACUAAGUGAUGCUUCAAAAAAGCUUGGUAAAAAGUUUGCUACUGGAGCUUCUGUGGUUAAGGGCCCAACUGAAAAGGAGCAGAUUGAUGUUCAAGGGGACAUAUCAUAUGACAUUGUGGACUUUAUUACAGAAACCUGGCGAGAUGUUCCAGCAUCUGCAGUAUUCUUCAUAGAAGAUGGGAAAAAGGUUCCAGCUGUGUAAACUUGGGAUUUGACAUAAUCCUGUUUGCAGCAGGGUUUUUCCUGAACGAAUGCUCGUAGAACUGUGAUGGUCAAAAUUUGGGGCGAGAAUAUGUAUCAGCUCUAUAGAGGCGGCUACCAUUCGCCCUCUUUUUUUUUUCUCCCUCCAACAGCUAAUAAAAAGCAAGAUGCAUUUUGCAGUUAGAUGUGGUUUUAUAUGCAGUAUCUCUGCUUGUACAGUUGCUGCAAUUCUUAUAUAUUGUUUAUGGAUCCUGUAUGAUGAAUGAUAUUGAACUAGUUCUUAUGGCAAUGGUUUCUCUGAAUUGGUAUUUA